GUUUGUAUGGGCGGAGUGAUCUCCGGUUGGUAUAUUGUUUAGAAGAUGCCUGGGCAAUUGGACGAGCGGUAUUAGGUAGGUGAUGGAGCAGGACGGCCUUCCAGCCGAAUUCCGUCGGUACGAUGUCCGACCAGCUCACAAGGAGUCGGAGGUCCGCUCUCCAGCCCUGUCCGGCAGCACCUCAAUGGACUACUUGGCUAUGGUUGGCGACCCAUGGCUCGGUGGUACGCUACCGUUCCCAAUUCGACCAUGUGUAUAGGAACGAACCUCGGCACGGAUGGCUAUUCGUCGCUUCCAUCAAAAGAGCCGGACCGGAUGCAGCGCGUGCAAGACUCGCCGAGUCAAGUGUGAUGAAAGGAAGCCUGUGUGCAACAAUUGCAUCCGCAGAGGCACGCCAUGCGAAUGGCCCACUGGAGUAGCACAACCACCAUCGCCUCCACCUUCUGUGGAGGCGGGCAGAGAUGAGGCUUCUUACGACGCCCUCGAUCUGGUGCUUAUGCACCGCUUUGCCACUGUCACGGCCCUGGAGAUGUCCCCUGCUGCAGAGGCAAAGCAUGUAUGGCAGAACAUCAUUCCCGUGGAAGCCCACUCAGCGCCUCUCCUCAUGCACGGUAUCUUGGCUCUUGCCGGACUAGACCUGGCACGCAUACCAUCACCCACUGCAUCUACUUACCGGACCAGAGCGCUUCACCACCAACAGCUCGGUCUUGCAAUGUUCCAGGAAAUGCUGGUCCAGGACACCGCGACGCAGAUGCAUGCUAUCUUCCCCUUCUCCCUUAUGCUCAUCAUCAUCACCCUAGCUUCUGCUCAGGAAGAGGCCAUGCAGUGGUCAGUGGACUCGAUUGUGAACAUGUUCGCACUUUAUCGCGGACCUCGUGCUCUGGCCAAGAGUAACUGGGACACCAUCCGGGACUCUCACUUAGGGGCGUUGUUGUCCAAGGGUGACGCAGCAGAGGAUCCUGGAGUACCAGAGGACCUUCGGACGCUGCUGGAAAGGCUAGAUCGGUAUUGCACCGACGAGGUUGCUAUUGAUGCCAAGAAAAUGAUCAUCGCGGAUAUCGAACGGGCGGGACCCGCAUUGGAUCUCCGAGCGGUCGGCCACUGGCCUGCCAUGGUUUCGGAUCCCUUUUUCGCUCGCCUCAAAGCCCAAGAGCCAGGGGCUCUAGCUGUUCUUAGCUACUAUAGCUUGGUAUUGAAUGCAUUUCGGGAGAGGUGGUGGGUGGGUAACUGGGGUCGUAUGUUACUGACUGCGGUUGAUCAGGCAAUGCCUGAGCUUGAGAAGAAGCGCUUAGGCUGGAGUGCUGACAAUAUCAAGAGCCUCUUGGACGUCCCUCGCGAUAUCUGAGUGAAUAUCACAUUCUCACUUUAGACGAUGCGUCAGGCAGCCCGCUGCCAGGCUUGCAACUCCUACGCGCCUAGCACCUGAUCUACGAAGCAUUGGCCAUGUACAUAACCACAAGGCUUUUUUCCAAGGUGUGUUCCGAGCAUGUUGAUACUGUUCAAGUGCGAAAGUGCCAAGCACAAAGUCGGAACCUCUAGCUAUCCUACCUUACCUACGACUGUUAUAUUUCGAGGUUCGCAUGUUCGUUCAGUAUGCCGACAAAGCCGCAGCUCUCUUGCUCGUUGGCAUAGUGCUGCGUUUACCUCCGUAUGGAUGUCCUCACCGUCAGGUUUCACGCCCUUCUUUGCUGGAGAUAUUGUAAUACUGUGCUUGCUGAACCAUGUCCGGGCCGAACGAAGCAUGACGGUUCAUCCACAAGUCAUCCUAACCUAGACAGAACCUCGCUGCGAGUGUGGAGCGUGCGAAUUAUGCUUCACUAAGGAGACGCAACAACCAGCAG